AUGAAGCUCACAUUGUUGUCGAUCUUUGCCAUUCUAGCUAGGUGUGCAGCUGCCUCGCAAACGCUAACCGGACAGUGGACCUGUGUCGACUCAGGCGCGUACGAACUUUGUCAGAACUUGUGGGGUGAAGAUAACGGUACUGGAUCGCAGAACGCCACUCUGUACAGCGCUAGCGGCGACUCAAUCUCAUGGUCUACAACCUACACCUGGUCGGGCGGCCAGUACGACGUGAAGAGCUACAGCAGUGUGAACCAGCUCUCAGCGAAUGGCAUGCUUCUUUCCGACAUCACUUCUGCUCCAACGUCAUGGGACUGGGAGUACCAGGAAAUCUCUUCUGAUCUCGUAGCAGACGUAUCGUACGAUAUUUGGGUCGGUACCACACCCGAUGACCCCGGCUCAAAUACGACAACCUUUGAAAUAAUGAUUUGGGUUUCUACCGAAGGCGGUGCCGGUCCAUUGGGCUCGCAAGUCGCUUCGGACAUCUCGGUCGGCGGUUACACCUGGAAUCUAUACGAGGGCCCGAAUACUUACUGGGAGACCAUUUCGUUCGUCACUACCGAAGGGAACCUCAACAACUUUAGCUCCGAUCUGAAGGACUUCUUCGACUACCUCGUUGCGAACUAUGGCCUAAGUAGUGAACAGUAUCUGCAGGCAGUCGAAUCUGGGACGGAGCCAUUCACUGGAUCUGCAACCCUGUACACCAGCAACUUCCAUGUCGUAGUCAAUAUUUAA